AUUAGCCUCCUAAUGGUGCGCCAUUAUGUUGCCGCCCACGGGACGGGUUGGCUUGGCGUUUGAAAUCUUCAUCCAUCACAUGUCCUACUUCAAAUCAGAAAACUCCCAGACCAGCAUGAUAAGACUCGCGUCAAGGUCCGACCUUGCAAUGAUUCUUGCUGAAAAAUAGAGCUGGUUUCCAUAUGUUCGAGUCCAUUCGGUUUUCAAGUGUCGAAUUUUUGGAUUUCAAGAAGCAUGUGCGUCGCGUGGACGACUCGGAUCGAUGAGGCCUUGAGGAAUUUGGUUUUUAACGUCUUUGCAUCAUGCAAAUAGUCACGGUAUCCAUCACUUGUCGCGAAAGUCAUGUGCAUAACACGAGGCGGCCUUGGGCAACAAUGCGGAUGAAGCGCUUGGUUCCAACUUCCAACAACAAACUCCAUGGAAAACCCGGUCUUGGAACAACUCGAAGGUCAAGUUCAUCAUCCAUUCGAAACUGCUCACCUAUUGCCAGAUGAUGUCCACAAGUGUUACGAAAUCAUAUGCGCCUCGAAUGAAAAACUGGAGCAGGAGUUGGAAAUAGCUGAUUCUAGAGGACGCGAGGAUUAUGACAAGGACCUGGGACGAUGGAAGAUAGAAGCACGGAAACUCGGUGAUAGCGAGCUUCAGCCCAGGAAGUUCGCGUUCAUUGGAAGAACUGGAGUUGGCAAGAGUACCGCAAUUAAUGCAAUACUAGGUGCGCCCGUAUUAUCGACGGCAGCUGAUGUGACAUGUACAUCCGUUCAGACGGAAGUUAUCUACGAAAAUUUGCCUCCUUCAGAGUGGAGGGUGAGGGUCCAAUUCAUUGAGGAGGAUGACUGGGAAACUACUCUAUUUAACAUGCUAGAUGACCUAGAAGUAUACCGUGACCGAGGCCCUUCGAACAACGGGCGGGGUACUCAUGAUGAUAGUGGGCCUGCGAUGGAGGCAUGGGAAAUGUUGAAACAGGUGUAUCCUCACCUUCGUACCCUAUCGUUCCCCCCGCCUGAGCAAGAUGUACAUACACUUCUUGAGCAUGAGGCUGUAGCGUCCAAGCUUGGAACUGAGAUCUCUAUAUGCGGCGUAGGCUUCGACAAACUGGAAGUACAGCUUCGGCCGUAUCUGACCUCAUACUCAAACAUUGCAGCGGGGGGGCCACCCGAGUCAUCUGUCUGGCAUCUAGUAGACAAGGUUCGUAUCUAUGGAGCAUUCGAGGUACUCGCAUCCCGUGCAGUUGCGCUCGUAGACGUCCCUGGCUUUGGGGAUGCAAAUAAAACGAGAACAAAUCGAACCGAGGAAUACCUCAAAACCGCUGAGGUUGUUGUAUUAGUUGCAGAUAUCAAGCGGGCAGUCGAUGACCAGGUCAUGCGCGAUUACCUUAAGAAGUUCCUGCGAACAAUGAUUAGAGUAGACGGAAGCAUGGAGUCACUUUUAAUAGUCCUUACUGGAGCAGAUGUGCCAAUUAACGAGGACCAAUUACAUCAUCUCGAUGCAAAGCAACGUGGUGUAAUCCAGGAAAUGUGUCAGGCUAUCGACAGACUCGACGACAGCCUCAAAGAAGUCGAGGAUAGCAGCAAGAAAAUCAAUUAUACUAAUUUGGCCGCAUUCAAAGAAAUCGUGGAGCUUCAGCAGAGGCAGCGUGACAUAACCAGUAAGUUGCGAACCAAGCAGGCUGAAAAGAACACAUACAUCGCACACCAACGAGCUGCUCGUGUACGAGAGGUCUUUCUCCAUCUCUAUCGUCAAGUAUACCACAACAUCAGUAAACAGGAUACCGCUAAAGAACCCCCUCCACUACCCGUUUUUUGUGUUGGGAGCACAGAUUUCAACCAACUUUUGAGUGUGGGCGGACGCAACAGAGCUCCUUUGGUUUUUACCAACCCCGAAGAUACUGGUAUACCGCAAUUGUGUCGACACAUCCACGACUUUGGCCGCAAAAGAGCACUUUCCGACAUCAAGACCCAUAUAAAUCAAUGUACCUUGCUAUGCGCCGAAGUCAAUAGUUUCUUCAAACUUCUCUCCGCCAGGAACGAUUCCAUGUCAAAAACCCAUGAAAAAGCAGCAAGAAGUGCAUUGACAAAGUUUAAACGCCUUGUCGAGGAGACAUGCGAGGAAUCAGGAGGUAAAAUCGACAAGAGCAUCAAGGAGCUGGAGAACGCUCUUCGAGACGAAGCUGAGAAUGCCGCUGACUGCAGUCUCGGCAUCAUUAUGUCGCUUGGACUAUGCUACCGAUAUCAGACCUAUCGUGCUGUCAUGCGCAGAGAGGGCGAAUGGCAAUCGAUCGAUCUAAAUGAGGACCUCGUACGCGACAUGUUGGAAGGGAGUGUUUCAAGUAUAUGGCACGAAUUGUUCAAUGAUUCCUGGAAAUCAGAACUGGAGUUACUCAUUUAUUCGAUUUUGGGUCACUAUCGUGCGGCGAUAGGCUCUAUCAAGGACGGAGAGAAACAAAACGCAAAACCAAAAAUUGCAACACGCGUUCAAGAUGCCAUCAAGGCAGAAGACACCUUGGAUACCGCAAAACGGCGCUAUUUAUUUGCCAUUUCGAAGAUGCAAAGAGAAUUUGGUGGAUCCUUCAAAGGAUUCAUUCGUAACGAGCUUAAAGCUCAUUACGAUCUCGUUGGAAGUGAGUGCGGCAAAGGAAUGCUCCAACGAAUGAAGGACAUGAAUGAGGAGUACUUUCGUACGGAUAACGCGCAAAAACUAUAUUCUGGCCUUGUCGAUGAUGUUAUGUUGGCUAUUCGCUGCGCCAAAAAUGCAGGAGACAGGGCGCUCGAGGAAACAAUUCCUCGACUAUGUGCUCACAUCGAGCGCAGGUUUGUCUUCAUUCGGAAAAACGAUAAAAUGAGCAAAGACACACGGAAGAAGAUGCUGACAUUCCUCGAUGAACAGUACAUCAAAUCUCUGGCAGAGGUCACACUCAUCACGGAUAGGUACGAAGAGCGCGAUACGACACCGAUGGAGUAAUGCGCCGAUGUACGGAUAUUGGUUGUACUUCUUAAGACUCGUAAAUCUUCCUUGUGUAUAAUUACUUUACAGUUACUUGAGCUUGGGACAUAUGUAUGCACGUUCUCGGAAUAACACACUUAUCAUUCAUAUUGGUGUAACU